AUGAGAGGCACCAUAGCGGUCGAAGAGGCCAUCAUCGACCAGGCUGGCGUUGAAGCGCAUUCAUUCGCACAGUUCCAAAACCUUAUGCGUCCGGGCAGCGACCCGACGACCGGACUCUCAGCACACGAAAAACGACUUCUUGACAUACAUGGCGAACGUCUGAAGAGCAUGGACGAGCACGGCGUCGAGUACAUGCUUCUUUCUUUGACAUCACCAGGCGCGCAGGGAGAAGCAGAUGCAGAAAAGGCAAAGGAACUAGCAAGGGUCGCAAACGACUAUCUCGCUGGUGAAGUGAAGAAGAACCCCAAAAGAUUCGGAGCAUUAGCGGCACUCUCGAUGCACAAUGCCAAAGAUGCAGCCGAUGAGCUGAGAAGAGCUGUCACGGAAUUGGGUAUGUUUGGUGGAUUAGUCAACGACUUCCAAUCAAAGGGAGUGGAAGCGGAGGCGAAAGUAUACUUCGACACGCCAGACUACGAACUAUUUUGGCAAACGGUCCAGGAGCUUGAUGUCCCGAUAUAUUUCCAUCCCCGAUACGCAAUACCGCAGGACUUGCAGGCUGGCACGAAAUACGGCGAUCGGAAGCAUUUGCUCGGCGCAGGCGUGCAGUUCCAUCUGGAUCUGAGCUGGCAUCUGUAUGCGAUAUGUUCAUCCGGUAUUUUCGAUCGAUACCCGAAGAUACAGAUUGUUGCAGGGCAUCUAGGCGAAGGAGUACCCUUCAACCUAUGGAGAGCCAGUCACUGGAUCAACCAUCCCUUCAAACGUGGAUCACGACCAAUGAAAGAGGACUACAGCUACUACUGGACACAUAACGUCAAUGUCACCACAUCUGGUAAUUAUAACACCAGAGGCUUGAAGUUCUGUAUAGAAGAGAUAGGCCUCGACCGGUGCCUGUUUGCAAUUGAUACACCCUACGAAACAGUGGAGGAGGGUCAGAAUUGGUGGAAGUCGGUGGAUUUGCCGGAAGAUCAGAAGGAAGCAGUUGCUCGAAAGAACGCCAUUAGAUUGUUCAAGCUUCCACUUGAAGAGUAA